GAGCGACAUGAAUCAGUCACAAGAGCUGAAAGUCUUCGAAGUUUCAUGUCGCGUUCUCGGAACUGUCCAUUCAAUAAUAACCAACCUUCCAACUAAAAAGUUAUUGAUCAAUCAGAUUAUCGCAAUCGUAUUUAACGCAGUUUUAAUAGUUCCUACGAUAUUACUCAACGGCGUUGCAGUAGUGACUAUCUUAAAAUGUAACCAACUGAAGAGCAAGCCCUGCUAUUUUAUAAUCCUCCUUCAGUCCGUGAAUGAUUUGGCAGUGGGUGUGCUGGGACUACCUUCUUUCAUCUACUUUCUUUCAACGGGGAUUGGAGCAGCAUCAAACUGCAUAAUCGCGACCCUCGCCUGGCGUUCGACAUUGAUUCCAAUGGCAAUAUCUGUCUUCACAUUAUUGGUCAUGACGAUGGAAAGAUACAUCGCAAUCUUACAUCCCUAUGCUUAUGUUACGCAGAUGACAAAAAGACGGUUGUUGAUAUUUGUGUGCACCAGCGUCGCGAUUGGGUUCACAGCGUCUGUCCUCUCUUUUGCAUUUAACCGAUUUCUGAAGAUGUAUGUAUUGGCACAGAUAUCGAUUGUGUUCAUCUUCAUUGGAUUUGCCUACACCAGAAUAUUCUUGAUCAUUAGGAAGUUGAAACGUUCAGAAGCCAGACCACAAGUUGCUUUCUCUGCAGAGAACAUGACAAGGAAGAAGCUAUUUCUUCAGGAGAUAAAACAGGCAAAAUCUUGUUUCAUUGUUGUCCUUACCUUGAUUUUAUCCUACCUUCCAACCGCCAUUUUUAUUCCUUUCUCGUUGAAUGUCGAUAAUAAUAAAAUUCAAUACUUGGCAAACAAAACGUGGAGCGUUUCAUUCGGUUUGUGCAAUUCUAGUUUCAACUCAAUAGUAUUCUUUUGGACGAAGACGCUGUUAAGAAAAGAAAUUUUUAAGUUGUUGAAGGGCAUAUUCUAAAUAUAUUAAACGUCAAACUCACUUAAGCAUGCUUAAACCAGAAAUACGAAUUGUAGUCUAUACUCAUACAGAAAUGAUAGGUUUUCGGCUUGAAACUUGGUAAACACCAAUUUCUGCGGUGUUGGUUUGACAAUCAGACAACAAACACACUGUAAACACAUUGCUUGUGAAGUUCAUAUCAAAUGUUCUAUUCUAAACUCGUUUAAGAAUCUUGUAGAUAAAAAAUUCUAAUGUAUAUUUUGGGGCUAAGUAUGAAAUAAAGUA